AUGUCUGACACCGAUGAUGAUCAGGUUGCAGCAUUUGGCCGCACCGACAGCGAUGAGUCCUUAGUUUUGAUGACCUCUGCUUUGGCAUCUAACGUCAACUCUGUCCAAGAGACCCCUGGGGACCUGUUCGACGCCCCCAAUGGCGCUGCUCUGAUCCAUGCGUGCAACUGCCAGGGCACCUGGGGCUCAGGCAUUGCCCGUGCAUUUCGUGACCGGUAUCCCGCCGCCUACGAGAUCUACCGCAGCCACUGCCUCACUUACCUAGAUCACCCUGUCACCAACAUCAUCACCAACCUACGCGAUGAGGACCCGCACCCCUCUCUCGCUGUCCACCGUCCCCUUGGCACCGCACUCAUUAUCCCACCCCAGCAGAGUGACUUUAUCCUACACCGCAGACGCCACUGGAUAGUCUGUCUCUUUACCUCGGACAAGUACGGCAGUCGUGCGGAUUCGGAGGAUAUGAUUGUCAAUAGCACUUUUGCUGCCCUCCAGGACCUAAGUGGACAGCUGCGAGGCCUCUCCCAGCAGUCCUCCGAGACCCAUAAUGAGAGACCCCAGGGCCUCUACUCCAACCGCUUCUGUACUGGUUUGUUCAACGUUCCCUGGGAACGCAUUCGUAAAUUGAUCAACACAGUCGGUUUGCAUAUCAACGUGUACCACCCCUUUGAAGCCAGCCGCCGCCGCGCUCGCCCCAUUCGCAUAGAGCGCCCCAGUGAGGAUCACCAGGACUGA